AUGGCAGGGAGUGGUGUCGCAAAGAAAGGGGGCGCGGUGCCGGCCGUGCAGGACCUCCCCGUAUCGGCGCUCGCGGACAAAAUCCAGCCCAAGACCUUCCAGGCCUUGACGCAGGGGCCGUUUCACCUCGCUACGCUCACCGAGGUGCAGCGCGAGGUGUUUUCGCUGCUUCCCGAGGUCGCAUUCGGUGGCCUGGUCAAGACUUCGGAACCACUUGCCGACGGCGAAGGCCGCGACUUGCUCGUCAAGGCCCGCACCGGUACCGGCAAGACGCUCGGUUUCUUGGUGCCCGCUACCGAGGCGCGCCGCAAUGCCUGGGCGGCGCUCCGGAACGGCACUGUGCCCGAGGCAUUUGCGCGCUACGUGUCGAAGCACGAGGACCACAAGCUGCUCGAGGCACGUACGGCCGAGCAGCUCGCCAAGCUCCGCACCAUCUUUCAACGCCGCGCCGUUGGCACGCUGAUCGUUUCGCCUACGCGUGAGCUCGCGAGCCAGAUCGCGGCCGAGGCCAAGAAGCUGCUUUCGCACCAGUCCAACGUCGGUGUCCAGCUCUUUGUCGGUGGCGAAAGCCCGCGCAUGCAGCGCAAGACCUGGCAGACGACGCCCCGCGACGUGGUCGUCGCGACGCCGGGCCGUCUGCUCGACAUGUUGCAGGACGAGAAGCUUGCGGAUGCAAUCGGUACCACGCAGACGCUUGUCUUGGACGAGGCCGACAUGCUGCUCGAGAUGGGUUUCCGCGAAGAUAUCCAAAAGAUUAUCAACUACCUCCCCAGCACCGAAGAGCGCGCGACGAUGCUCUUUAGUGCGACGGUCAACAAGAACAUUGAGCGCAUCGCCCGCGCAACGCUCCAUCCGAACCACCGUUUCAUCGACUGCGUGCCGCCCGGCGAGGACAAUGUGCACACCCGUAUUCCCCAGUACGUCACGACGAUUGCGGACGCUGCCGACCUCCUGCCCCAUGUCCUGCGCCUCAUUGCGCGCGACCAGCUGGAGCACGGCGCCAAGUCCAAGGUGAUGCUCUUCUGCCCUACGACCAAGGUCACGCAGGCGCUCUCGCUCCAGCUCCAGGAAGUGCGUGCGCAGCUCCCUGCGGAGAACGAGACGAUGGUCUUUGAUAUCCACAGUGGGCGCGAGCAGGCGCAGCGCUCCAAGAUCAGCCAGCGCUUCCGCAUGUGCAAGGCCAAUCCGAGUGUGAUGGUGACGAGUGACGUGAGUGCGCGUGGCGUCGACUACCCCGGCGUGACGCAAGUCAUUCAGCUCGGCAUCCCGAGCUCCAAGGAGCUGUACGUGCACCGUGUCGGUCGUACUGGCCGUGGCGGCAGCGACGGCCGCUCGGACCUCGUCGUGUCCGACUUUGAGUCGGGCUUUGUCACGUUCGAGCUGCAGGACAUGCCGCUGCAGCCGCUCGCUGCCGGUAAGCUCGCUGCCGAGGUCGCAAGCAUGGCCGAGGCACUCGAUGCGGAGCCCCCGCGCCCCCGCGCCAAGCUCUUCCGGGGCAAGAAGCGCACCGAGGUUCCGGUGCAGCUCCAGGACUACUGCCCGGCGGCGCCGCGCCUCACCGAUGAGGUGCUGCGCAGGGCCGUCGACGAGGCGCGGUACAGUCUCCUGGACGAGCCGACGUCGCGCCGCAUGUUUACAAGCCUUCUUGGCUUUUACAUGAGCCACAUCCAGGAGCUGCGCACGAACAAGCGUAACCUCCUCGACGCAAUCAGCGAGUGGAUGGUCGGCACGUCGGGCCUCACCGAGCGCCCGACGCUCUCGUCGUUUGCGCUGCAGCAGAUGGGUAUCUUUGGCGGCCCCAACAAGGACCGCGGCCAGGACCGCGGCAGGGCACGCCCCCGCAGCGACCGCGCGCCGCGCAAGAGCUUCGCCAAGCGGGGCAAGGACCGUUGGUAA